CUAUAAUUAAAUGAGAGAGGCAGUGUCUGUCACUUCCUUUGUCGUCUCUUCUCACUGCAAUCUCACAGCCGUUGUCACUUGUCAUCCCUUCCGUUCCUCCUCCAAUGGCCGACGUUGACACCUCCAAGCUCCCAUCUUUGGCUGAGGACUAUUUACUGGUUGAGAAAGACCAAAAGCCAGUCAUGGCUGAAAAAUCUGUAGUCAAACCCUCGGAAAAUACUACUGCUGAGGAACCCGUUCAUAAGGAAAUGCCUAGUGCUGUUGAAAAUGAAGCUGCUCCUAUUGCUGGAGUGGGUGUUGAAGCCACAAAUGAUGCUAGUGGAGAAAGUACGGAAUCCAGUCCUGUUGAUGACACUGCCGACAGUGCCAACUCAGCUUCCAGUGAAGAAAGCAGUGAAAGUGCUGAAUCUGGAGACACAGUUGACCAAGAAGCUGACGAAACUCCUGAGAUAAAGCUUGAGACUGCACCAGCAGACUUUCGUUUCCCUACUACUAACCAAACCAGACACUGCUUCACCAGAUAUAUUGAGUAUCAUCGGUGUGUUGCUGCAAAGGGUGAAGAAGCACCUGAGUGUGACAAGUUUGCUAAAUAUUAUCGCUCUCUUUGUCCUGGUGAAUGGGUGGAUAGAUGGAAUGAGCAGAGGGAAAAUGGCACUUUUCCAGGCCCGCUGUAAUUGAUGCCCCACAAAACUUAGUAUCAAACAUUCUCAGAUUUGUUUGAUGCAAGGAGAGUUUCUUCUUCUGAAAGGAUUCGAGUAAUAAGAGAAUUUGGCUUGUUCUUAUGAGUGAGCACAUCAAGCUCCAACUGUAACCAGGUGUGGCUUCUUUGAACCACAUUUUUGUCUAAUGUUGUCUUUUCUCCGAUUAUUACAGCGAUAAGUAUUUACCCGAUUUUCUUGAAUAGUUGUCAUACGCUUGCUUUCCUUCAACAUGUUAUAACUCCAUUCACCAGACUGUGUAGGUUCGCCCUACAAUUUAUUUCUCCCUGACUAAAA